UCAGUGAAAUUCUGACAUGCAUUUCCUCAUGUUAGAUAUACAUUUCCUGAAAAUGUUUUGAGGAAAAAGUGAACUAAAAAAUCCAUUGUAGAUUUGUUGUAAUCAGUUUUGACAGAUACACAUUGCAAUAUUUAAAUGAAGUAAAGUAAGUUAUAUGCUCAUUAACAAAUAAUGAAGAGUUUCUCUUCCUGAAAAUUGACACAGUUUGGACAAUAGUUAAAGCAUAAAUAAUUUAAAGCGACAGAUGAUCAUUGGUAGAUUUUCUGGUGAAGUACACUACUACUGUCAAUUGUUAAGACCAACAGAUAGCGGGACCGACAGAUAAACGCUUCUAUUGUCAAUCUGGCUCUAUACUAUUGAUCAUGUAACAGAUUAGCAACUUCAGUAGCUUUAAGAAGUUUUGUAUUUGACAUGUUUCAUCCAAUCUGAGGUUUAGCUGAAGUUUCGUAAUGAUUUGACAUCUGACAGGGACAGAUAUGGUCAUCUGACUGUUCCAUCUGAUGGACAUAUAAUUCAGUUAUUGAUUAUUUCAAGAAAACAAAAUUUGAGAGGAAAUAUAAAUGGGACAUUGGUUACAUGGAGUUAUUGUGCAGCAGUUUUCACUAGUGACUGCUCUCUAUGAAAUGUUGCAAUGAUGCAAUGACUUUUUCAUCUCCAAGGGACUUCUUGUUUUACUUUGUGUUAACAGUGUGGAUUUAUAGAUCGAGCAGACUCUCACAGUGACAACCAGAUGAAACUGUUGCUUCAUUAACAAUCGACAAAGAAAAUUGGCUUCUGACACUUUUUUUAGUAUAAUUCCAUAUCUUUCUUUUGAAUUCAGGAUGAUAGUCUCGUAUCUUUUAUUCAAGAGAGCAUGUUUUUAACUUUGUUUUAGAGCUUGAAAAAAAAACCAGUUUGUAAAGUCAUUUGAAAUUCUCCUGGAGUUUGUUGCAGCAACAUGAGUAUUUGGAAGUUAAUUGUCUUUACUUUACAUGUGACAAUUAGUUUAAUGGCUAAAACAAUGUGUCAAUUUCCAGAGGACCUAGAAGUUGGCAUUGUUAACAGUAAGGAAAUAAAAAGAGUGUCGGGAAAAACUGAUGCAUCAAAAGGAAAUUCACCAGUCCUACCUACAGAAGAGCUUCCAGAAGGAGCAAAUUGUGACUUUGAAGUUGACCUGUGUGGAUGGCAUAAUGUACAACAUGGGGAUGAGCUUGAAUGGAUUCGGCACAAAAACUCUACAUCAACAUUAAACACUGGACCAAGCUUUGAUCACACUAAAGGAAAUGGCUCAGGUCAUUAUUUGUAUGUGGAGAUGGACCAUGGGAAACAUCUGGAUGCAGGCAUCCUUGAGAGUCCAAUAUUUCCAGCUCCAGAUGCAAGCCUGUGGAACUCUUCAUCACUGAUCUAUGGAAAAUGUCAGCUUGCGUUCUACUACCAUAUGUUUGGAUAUCGAGUAAGCAGCCUCAGCGUAUCUUUAGUGAGUGUGUGUGGAUUGGGGUUCAACACAACAAGAGAAAUUUUGAGACUUCGUGUCAACGAAAACAAAUGGAAAAGUGCCUCUGUGUCCCUCACCCAAGACAUUCCUAGAGAAUUUGGACCCUACUUUAUACAAUUCAAAGCAUUUCGAGGACUGACUCAGCAAGGAGACAUUGCCAUAGAUGAUAUAUCACUAAAUCCUGAGUGCUUCAGUCAAUUCUCCAAUAAAGACAAAUCUGGCAACAGGAGAAUUUGCAAAGAAAAUUCAAAGACGACUGCUUUGAAUGAGGAGACUACCAUUUCCAUUCUGUCGUCAAGCACCCAGUCUGUAAAACAUAAGAAUGGAACAAAAUACAAGUUUAACAGUUGUAAUGCCUUUGGAUCAGAGGGUCCUAUACAGUCAAAGUGCAACUCUGUAUAUAAAUCCAGCAAGACUGUGGUCCAAGUCUUAAGCAGUGGCUAUUUAAAAGGUGUACAGCAGUGGACAGUUCCUGAAAAUGGCACAUAUGAAAUCCAUGCCUCUGGGGCAGCGGGUGGUAAUGGAGUAUGGACAAUGGACGGGUCCGUGGGUACUCUUGUGGGUGGAUUAUUCCAUCUGUCUGCAGGGGAACACCUGUACAUACUGGUUGGCCAGAAAGGGUCUGACGCCUGCACUCUAAAGAUGCCCCAGUCCGUGUUGAAGAUAUGUGAAGCAAGAGACUCCCUGAACAGUUCUGUAUCCCCCUCUUUGGGAGCUGGGGGAGGGGGUGGAGGAGGUGGGGCAUCCUUUGUGUUCAGAGUUAAAGAAGGAAGUGAUGAGAUAGAUCUGCUGAUGGUAGCAGGUGGGGGAGGAGGGCUGGCCCACAGGAAUACCUACACUGAUCCCCUGCAACUGGACCCUGCAGGACACAAGUUCAAGAAUCCGGGUCAAGGUUACAGUGGUUAUACAAAUCCCAAUGGUGCAGGUGGAGGAGGGGGGUGGAGGAUGAAGAAACCGGUUCCUUAUCAACAGGCAGGCAAAUCUCUGCUAGAGGGAGCCACUGGAGGACAGUCCUGUGAGGCUGCACACAACUUCAGUGGCUGGGACACCCCAGGAGGAUUUGGUGGAGGGGGUGGGGCUUGUUCAUCAGGGGGUGGAGGUGGAGGAUAUUCAGGGGGAAAUGCAUCCAGUGAUGACAGCAGAGACAUGAGUGGACAGGGAGGAUCUUCAUAUGUAUUCCCACUAGCUCUGAAAACAUACAACAUGUAUCCAGGAAGUAAAUCUGAUGGUUAUGUGGAGAUCCAGCUGAUGUUCAUGAAAUGCCAGUGCACAGAUGUCUGUCACAUCAAACAGUGGGACGAGGGGUUGUUCCAGUGUAGCUGCAUGGCGGACAGGACGCUCAAUGCAGACGGCUACACCUGCUCAGGUGAGCCAUGGGUCAUAGCAAAUUUGACAGAAGCAGAAGGAUUUGAAAUGAGAUACGUGAUAUACAUAGCAGUGGCUAGCACUAUAUUCAUCACCAUUAUGACAUGUAUUGGACUCUGUUUGAUUAAGCAUCAUAGAAAACGUUUACAACUUGAUGCAGUUCGCAUUGAGCUCCAGACAGCCAGCCAAAAUUUUGCUCUUCAUUCCUCAUCAAGUUUUGUAAGAAAUGGAAUACAUCAACACAGGCAAAUGGUGACAGAAUACAAUCCAAACUAUGACUUUGUGGCUGCUAAGUACCCUGAACAGCAGCUGAAUGAAUUGAACCGAAACAGACUGGAAUUAGUCAGGGCAUUAGGUCAGGGUGCCUUUGGUGAAGUAUACAAAGGAUACAUUUUGGGUUUCCCAAACAUGGAAAGAGAGAUGGCUGUUGCUGUAAAGACAUUACCAGCAUAUAGCACAGAGGCAUCGGAGCUGGAUUUCCUCAUGGAGGCGGUUAUAAUGAGUAAGUUUAACCAUCCUAACAUAGUGAAGUUGGUGGGUGUGUGUUUUGAGAGUCAUCCUCGUUAUAUAGUCCUGGAGCUGUUGGAGGGAGGGGAUCUAAAGACAUUCCUCAGGGAAAUGAGACCUAAAACAGUCAUGGGAGAUCCUCUUGUUCGUGUUUCUGAUCUUCUCAGCCUUGCUGAUGAUAUUGCAAAAGGCUGUCAACACCUAGAGGAAAGACAUUUCAUUCACAGAGACAUUGCUGCCAGGAAUUGUUUGUUGACCUGUAAAGGAAAAGACAGAGUAGCUAAAAUAGCUGACUUUGGUAUGGCCAGGGAUAUCUACAGGUCAGACUACUAUAGGAAGGGAGGUAAAGCUCUGCUACCCAUAAAGUGGAUGCCACCAGAGGCUUUCUUAGACGGCAUUUUUACCUCAAAAACAGACGUGUGGUCUUUUGGGGUACUUCUGUGGGAGAUCUUUUCCAUUGGUUACAUGCCCUACCCAGGCAGGACGAACCAUGAUGUCAUGCAGUAUGUCACUAACGGGGGGAGACUGGAACCCCCAGAAAAAUGUCCAAAGCCACUGUAUGACUUGAUGUGUGAAUGCUGGGCAACCAAUCCAGAUAGCAGGCCGACCUUCACAGAAAUCUUAAAGGAGCUCAAGAAAUUCUCUCAAUGCCCCCAGAUUCUCACUGCAGAACUACCAAAGUUCUUCAUGGUGCCAUUCCAAAGCUUCAGCCCUACAUCUCGGGCUCACUCUGUGAGUGAGGACGAAAGUGAACUUACUCCAGACUCGGACACAACGGAACCACUGCUGACCCCCCGUUAUCAGGGAAGCCUGAGGUCCUCGAAGAAAUCGGCUUCUCCCAAAGACAGCUUAAAGUGUCCAUCGCUGCGUGUCAACCUCCAGACAGACAGCUCAUCUUGUGAUAAAAAGACAGCAUCUCGCGAUCCAUUCCCUUCACUUUGUGACAUCACAUCUUUGUGUGAAAAUGAGUAUGAAACUCACACCUCUGACUCAAGGUCCCAGGCUACUGCUGCUCAAGCUACCGAGAAUAGUCCUCUUGUUAACUUGCCACAAUUCAAUGGCUCAAAUUGAUACAAUUUAGUCUUUACCAGUAGUUGUUUUGCUUUUUUUAAUACAAUGUACAACAAAUCAAGCAAAUCCUCGGAGGAAAAUAUGAGAAAAAUACACCACAAUGUCAUGAUUUAGUUGUAUAGUGAAUAAUUUUGCUUGUAUUAUGGUGAAUGUCCCAAUUUGUACUAGUUUAAUACAAUUCAGACUUUAAAAUCUGAGUCAAACAAACUAGUCUGGUUUGGAGGGAGGAUAAGCUUGGUCUGUUAUGAUGCCUGCCUGUCUAUAUCUUUAUUCUUAGAUUUAAACAUCAUCUCAUAUAUUAACUUCAAUCGAUCAUCCUUAAAAUUGAGAACAUAAAUGGAGGAAAAGGGGGCAGUUAACUUGAGUUAUUAUAAGUAUCAUAACAUUUCAUGCAAUACUGAGAUUACCAGGAAAAUCUUCAUUAGAAUGGAAGUUGGGUAUAUUAGAGGGGGCCCCUAAUUCUAGUAUGAGGGGUUGCCUUAUAGAUACUUUUAAAUGUUAGCAUAGUCCCUUUGCUGGAGACACUUGUGUUAAGACUAUUUGUCCUGAUCAUAUUGAGACGUACGUUGUAAAAAUAAAAAUUGUUAAGCGGGAAACUAAAAUUUUCAUCAAAAAUCAAACAGAUGAGACAACCAUCUGUACCAUUUCUAUUUUAAAGUUUUGUUAAAAGUCUGAUUUAUUUAAUAAAUUUAUAUUCAUCAAAAUUCAUCUUGUAACAAAUUUUGCAUAGGUUAAAAAGAUCUAACUUGGUAAUGUGUUAAUUAUACUAUGAUACUGGCUAUCUCACUUACCUUACGGAUUAACUUUAAAAACUACUUUGUUGGUUUAUCAGUGUGUAAUGGCUGCAAGCACAGCAUGUAUUUAUGUUCUUCAAUAAUUUUAACAGUUCUGUAUCUUGUGCUCCAAUUAAGUAAGCAUUUUAACAAUAAUUUUUAUCUUUCUUUUAAUUAUUCAUAUAUAAGUAUUGAUAUUGUUAGUAUGUAAAGUAAGGUAUUUUGGUUGUCACAUUAACAACAUAGAAGAGUCAGACUGGUAAUGUCAUACAGUUGGAUAAUUGAUAUUAUUUAAACAAUAAAAUGCUUUCUCUGGUGAUUCAUUCGGGAUAUGAAGGUAGCCACAUUGCAGAAAAAUACAUAACCCGCAUUAUGGGGUUUAAUGCGGGUUAUGUAAAUUUUUCCUGCAAUGAUCGCUACCUUCAUUACCCGCAUGAAUCAUCAAAGAAAACAUCUUAUUAUUUAUAUUAACAUCUUUCUUUUAACUUAUUAAUAAAUUGAUUAUGAAAAGUUAGUAAAAUUCACUAAAAUACUAUUAACGUACAUAAGUAUGUUAGCUAAUAGAAACAGCCAAAUCGUCUCCUGUGAGACUUUGAGUCUGGCGUUGUCAUGAAUAUUUCGUGCAGUUCGUGAUUUUACUUACGUCACUAUAGGUUCAGACCAAUCGAUGAACAGGGGUGUCAAUUUCAGUCCUGUUAUAUUCAGCCGCUGUAGAUUUCGACCAAUUGGUAAAUGGGGCGUGUAGAUUUCAGUCUGGCUGUUUCUAUAGAGCUAUGAAUUAACUAUAAUUUUCUGUAAGAAAUAGAGGAAAUUAUACUUGGUAGAUGUAAAUAUUCAGUUUUAAAUUUACAGAUAGGGUAUAAAUAGUUUGUGCCAUCCUUAUAUUAAUAACCAUAGGAUUUUUGAGGAGUGCAAGAGAAAAUGCUCAUGGACAUUUUUAUUGUUUACAUACACUUUAAAGGUGAUGAAUUAGGCCUUCAAAAGAAUAUUGUAGUUUUGAUAGUAUUUUUUGGCUUUAUUUUUUAGAAAAAUAAUUUUUUACACACACACACCCAUUGCAAAAUUUUCUGGAUCUGGGCAUGAGUACAUAUGUACUGAAUAAACAAAAACUACAGAGGAUGAAAGUUCUGUGUUGUUUAUGCUCUGUGAUCAUUGUCUUGCUCACAAAUCCUUAUUCAUAAGGUAGUGUCUGUUUUUAGCUCGUCUUAUCAGAAGUUUUAUGUGAGCUCUUCCGAUCUUUUGUCUGUCGUCACCAUUGCAGAUGUCAUCAAAAACUUUUCACAUUUUCAUCGUCUUUUUCAUAACCACUUGGCCAAUUUCGAUGAACUUGACACAAAUCAUUACUGGGUGAAGUUUAAAUGAUGAUUCAUGUUUUCUUUAAAGGGGAAUGCUUAGAAUUAUUGAAAAUUAUUUUGUAUUUUUCAAAAAUCUUAAAAGCCAUUUGGCCAGAAAAGCUGAACUUGUGCAUGUUUAUGCAUCCUCAGGAAGUGUAGAUUGAAGUUUGUUGAAAUCAUGAUCCCUGGGGGUAGAGUGGGACCACAGGGAAGGGGUUUGGAAUUUUUCAUUGAAAUUAGAGAGAGAGAGAAAUCUUUUUCCAAAAAAGUUGUAACUUGUGUGGUGUGUGGAAGUAUUCUAAGGUAUUGUAGAUUAAAGUUUAUUCAAAUUAUGAUCCUCUUGGUUAGGUCUAGCCUAUAGGGGGGGGGGUCGAAUUUUCACAUACAUCUUCAAUAAAACAAUUCAGCCAUAAAAGCUGUAACUUUUGUUUAAAUUUGUUGCGCAGACUAUAGAGGAUUGAUAUUUAACAUUUUUAUUUUACUUUAUUAAGAUCUACUGAACAAAAUUUUUAAGAUAUUUUGAAUUUGAUAUUACAGUGCUGAUUUUAUCAAGUUGUGGCUAUUGUUGCAGAGGUGAGCAUUGUGGCCCCUUGGAUUCUUUUUUUUGGGGGGGGGGUUCAAGAAAAAAAGUCUUGACAGCCAUGAUUUUGAUUUCCAUGUGACUUUAUACCCCCCGCAAAUGAAGUUAAGGGAGGUAUAUUGGUUUCACCCUGUCUGUCAGUCCAUCUGUCUGUAGAUGCAAUUUUGUCCCUCUAUAGAAUUCUUUACUAGUGCAUGGAACAGUGAAAACACUAAAACUGAGGAAAUUUGAAACAACUAAUUGCAUCUGCCAAGGCUCCAAUUAGAAACGCUAUUAAAGUAGCAUUGCUUGGCUAUUUUCAUUUACUGAAAAGGGAGAGGUUAUUGUCACUCUUUUGUUUAUUUUCUUUAAAACAAAUGAAAAAAAUAUCAUCUAAUACAGAAGUUUGUGAACGUAUCACAUAAGUUUUUACAGUGGAGUUCUGACAAUUUUGAUUUUUUUUCUUUAACUAAAUUUUUUUUUACAAUUCUAGAGUUUUUUUUAUGUCCCAAACCUUUAUUAUUCAAUUUAAUUAUUUGUCCAUUUUAAAUAAGCCUUGCGGGGGCAUUAGUCCCACUAGGACAGUUCUAGUUUACAUUAUCAUAUUUUAUGUUAGUAAAUAUCAUGGAUAUUGUUUAAUAUGUGAUUAUACAUGUAUUACAAAAACUUACUGGAGAUAUCCAAAUGAGCCAGGGCUAUGUCAAUGUUGGAUGUCCAUUGCAUUGAACUGUUAUUGUUAUUAAGUUAGAGCUCACCCUAAUUGUUAUAUAAUUUAAUCAUUAGUAAAGGGUGAAAUAAGCUAUUUUGAUCACCAGUCAUCUGUGGUCUGUUCGUCCACCUGGUAACUUUUUACCAUAAACUGUCCAAUUACUUAUCAAAAAAUGAUUUUUGAGAAUAUGCCCUUUUGUACAAUAACCCUUGAAUUGAAUUUAAUUAGAUCUUGAAAGCUUUUGUUUUUUAUUUAAUGUAAGAAUGCUAGUCAGCAGGUGAGCGAUGUGGCCCAUGGGUCUCUUGUUUGUUAUUCCUAUAUUGGUAACUUUUUUGUAUGUAGUGUGUCUUUUAUAACAAAAAGGUUACAAAUGUUCCAUUAACAAUGUUAAAAAUAGUUAUAUUAUAUUUAAUAGAUCAUAAACAUUUGUUUUGAAAAUAUUUGUAUUUUUAUGUAUUAAUGUAAAGUGCCCCAUUUAGCUUUCCUUGAGGAAAUGGGGAAGCAUUGCCUCAGCAAAUGUAUUUCAUUGCUUUUGUCAUUGCAACUCUUGUCCCUUUAAGAUUUAAUUUUUACUGGUUGUCUACAGAAUAAUAUGUUGGGUUGCUUAAGUCCACAGAAGGUAAGGCGAAGCAGACCGUUCCGUUCUAUGUACUUUAACAUCUAUGUACUUUAACAUCCCAACAUAUUUCAGCAGUCAGUCAGUAGCAAACCUAAUAAGUGUGUUGUCAAGGAUACAGUUUUUUGUUUAUUGAUGAAUUGGUGAAAGAAACAUAAUGGAAAUGAUGUAACAGCCGUUAUGUUGCCAUCUUUUGAUUGCUACUUGCCGAUUAUGGAUAUAUAGUCGGCAAUCACGUGAUGCGUUUUAUCCAGUUACGUUGCAAGAUUUUAGUCUGAGGCAAAACAAAGAUUAGAGACAAAAUAUAGACGGCAACAUGUUUGGCGCAACCUCAUUUUUUUUUUUAAUUAUAGGCAAGACCUAGUUAUAAAGAUGUUUGAAUGGACCUAUACUUCUAAGAACCAUUUUAACAUGAGCUUGGAUUUGUGUACGUGUCUCAAAAAGCUUGUAUCAAAAAGGCCUGUCUUUCAUUGCUGACCACUUAGAUGGUUCUUUUAAAUCAACAAGAUAUGCCUGGUUGUUGAGUUAAGACUACGCAAUCUGUGCAUAUUUCACGUGAAACCAGCGUCAUUUUGUACUUGCUUAGAUGCAACAAAGAGAUAGUUACACCCUACCGAAAGUCCAAUGUCUUGUUAAUUUGGUUCAAAGUUGUUGUUGGUUUUGGGGGUUUUUUUUGGGGGGGGGGGUGCGUUAGGUAAACUUUCAGGGUUGGUGCAGCUCAAUUCAGGCUUCGAAUUUUGUACUUUAUCCGUAUUUCAUGUUAGAGAACAAGCUAUAUAAAAGAUUAAUAAUGACAGAUUUCAAGUAACUUGGGCUAUUCUUUGAUCAACAGCCGAUACCAGAUGUCGACCAAAAGGCACAGCAGUGUUGCAUAGACGCACUGUCCUUUGACCAAAAGGAGCUUCUCUCCCAGUAAGAGCGACUGUUUGACAUUUUGAGGGUUUGUAAAUAUGUGUCUAGCUGCAUGUAAGUGUACACAAGUCAAAAAUUAUAUUUUGGUAUAUUUACUUGAGCCACAAAUUUUACACGAUCACCUUUUGAUGGGAAAUUCAAGUUGACCCAUUCCUUGGUUUUACAUUUUGAUUUCAAUCGAUUUUUAUUGGAAGUGGAACCAACUAUUUGAAAAAGUUUCAAUUCAAAUUGAUAGGUGAUGUUUUUCUUGUCUUUCGCAUUGGAUAAAAAUUUCUAUUAUAAUAGUACAAAAUAUUUUGAAGCAUUUCCUUGUGAGAAAUGUUAUCAUAUUUUGAACAUUUAACAAACCAACUGUAUUGAUGGAUACAAAUUAUUGAAUGGGAAGUAUAUAUUGAUGAUGCUGAAUAGUGAGUAAACAAAUGAAGUGUUAUAAUGUUUCUAACGGCUGAAAAAUAAUAGUUGUUUUAAGGUGGUAUGGGACAUCUGUCGAUAAGUACAUCAUAAUUGAAAUGCUUUCAACGGUUUUGAAUUUUCAAAUUUUACAAUAUCUAACAAAAAAAAUAGCUUUUAAAAUUAUUUUGAAAGGUAAAAAUUGUAAAACCCACAGUGGGAUUCGAACUCAUGACUUACAGAUUCGUAGUAAACCCUUUAACUCACUGCGCUACGCUGUUAGAUGACAAUAUUGGGAAAGAAACUACUUUUAUAACUGCACUUAAUUUUAUUGUUUAUUUCGAUAAACAAUACGUCACAACAUGGAAGUGCCCCAUACCACAUUAAAAUACAUAACAAGAACUUUCUUUCUUAUUUCAUCAUGUAGACCUAUAUGUUCUGUAUCUUUUGCCAAUUUUACUGGAUAAAUCGAUAAGUAUAAUAAAUUGCCACAAAAAAGUAUUUCACUGAAUAAUUUUAUCCAGUUCUGACACGCAAACAACGAUUUUCAACAUGCAUUCAGAUGGACAACCAAACAUUUUGUGUUUAUAUGGGGCAUCAUUGUGAAACAUGAUUCUGUGUAUAAUUAAUACUUUUGAACAGUUUUAGAUAUAAUGCAUGUAUACUAUUUUAUGAAUGUUUCAUAAUUUCUUUUCAUUAGUACUUCUUUUUAAAAAAAAAUUAAAAAUAGCACGGAUCCCAUGUUUAAAAAGUCGAUUAAAUAUAUACUGUUGAUUUACGGUCUUCUUUUAUCAAAUAUUUCACGUCAAAAGGCAGGUAACUCUUAUUUGUCAUAUAGGCAGAGUUGCGUGCUGUGCGUGCGUGCCUGUGUGUUGGAAAAUGUUCUACAAUCGCCAAUUUCUUGACUCUUUUAAACUCCGUUUAUUUAGUACGUAUUGUCCUUCCAUUAGUACAUUACAUACACCAUAGACCCAAGAAAGAAACUUGACAUUUGACAAAAACACUUCUUGUCUUUAUGUACUCUGACAUCAAUGUAUGAAAUACAUUGAUAAUCUCACUUUUUGUUUCAAAACUAUUUUUAAAUGGCUUUAUAAUUAUCAAUUUCUUUUUAAAUUCUGGACCAGGUUGCAGGUACAAAAAACAUGAGUUUGUUGAAUGUAAAAUACUGUAAUUUUGAUAAGUGAAUGUUUGCCGUUGUUUCGACAACACAAUCAGAUUUAUUCAGAGUUAG